UGAAGAAGGCAUGGCAGUAAAGACAUCGACAUACAAAGCCACACCUGCGGACACUACUCCCUUUUAUUUUUUGCAGUCAUGGCUGUUAGCACGCAAUGUUUUCACCUGUUCCUCCUUUUGUGCUGCCUGCAGACCUGCCUUUCAGAGCAAGGUAGAGGCUUCAUUGGUACAGAGACCAACGACGGGGUGUGGGUCAGCCCCCAAGCCCGAAAAGCCCUGAGCAGCAACCUCACCACGGUCUUCCUCCCCAUCAUCUACAUCAUCGUGUUUGCUGUGGGGCUGCCCACCAACGCCUUGGCAAUCUGGGUGUUCCUCUUCCGGACCAAGACAAAGCACCCGUCCUCCAUCUACAUGGCCAACCUGGCGGUGUCUGACCUGCUCUUCAUCAUCUGGGUCCCCCUAAAGAUAGCGUACCACUUCAACAGCAACAACUGGAUCUACGGAGAAGGGUUGUGCAAAGUGAUGGUGGCCUUUUUCUACGGCAACAUGUACUGCUCCAUCGCCUUCAUCGCCUGUAUCAGUGUUCAGCGUUACUGGGCCGUGGUCCACCCGCUGUCCCAGCACCAGAAGGACAACCGUGUAGCCAUCGGCAUCUCCGUCACCAUCUGGUUGUUGGUGUGGCUCAUCACCAUCCCUCUGUACCUGUACGACCAAGAGGUGCGUGUCACCAACCUCGAUAUCUACACCUGCCAUGACGUCACCAGGCCCAGUCAGAAGAAAAUCGCUGCAGGCUACUUCCUGACAAUGGGAACUCUUGGAUUUGUCGCUCCCACCAUCGUGAUCAUCAUAUCCUACGUCCAGAUUCUCAGGGCUUUGAGGAACAGCAUGGCGGACCCUGCCAUCGCCAAGAAGCGCAGGAAGGCUGUGGUGUUGAUCAUCACGGUGCUGGUGAUGUUUUUAGUGUGCUUCACCCCCAGUAACAUCAUGCUGCUGGUGCACUACAUUCUCCUGUUGGGAGAGGCUGACAACAACCUGUACGGGUUUUACAUCACCACGCUGUGCUUGGCGAGUCUCAACAGCUGCUUCGACCCUUUUAUUUAUUACUUCAUCUCAGAAGACUUCAGGGACCAUGUGAAGAACACGUUCCUCUGCAGGAGUGAGAGGACAGUGGAGAGGAUGAGGGUCUCCUUCAGUGCCCUCAAAUACUCCAAGAAGAACAGCACUUUCACGUCUAGUUCAGAGAACAAUCCGACUCAGAGCACCGAGUGCUAGUGCAUUGUUUUUUGAUUCCUCAUUAUUAACUUUCCUCAGGUAUAAACUAACAUGGAUUUCUUUGGGAAAAAACUUUGGAGUCAUCUGUGUCAAAGAAAUCCUACAAGCUCUGAGCUGUCUAAGUUACUGCUUCGGUUAUUUCUAAUUUUGUAAAUAUAUUUAAAUGUUUUUAUAUCUUAGCACUUUGCUGAUGUAUUCAUCUGCAGUUUUAUUUGAUUUCAAUGGGACUUACAACAUUAAACUUUGGUAUUUCUUUUUAAAUGUGUGUGAUAUUUUAGACCAGGCUGUUAAUUGAAUGAAUUUGUUGUCUUUGGCAGAGACCUUACAUUUUGCAUCUUGUAUGAUACAAGCCUGAAACAUGUAUUUAUCUAUAUGUGUUUUUAAAGUAUCCAUUUCAAGUUGUUUAACCUUAUUGUUAAAGUUGAUCAAUAAAAGUUUUUUAAAAUGUU